AGGUGAGCAGUAGCACCAACUCCUCAUGCCACCUGCUGUCACUCAUCCUGCUCCAAAACCAACUCCUACACCCCAAAUCCAAUUGGAAAACUGAAGUUUGAAUCUCACUUCCCUUGCACUGUACUUCAACAUCUCCAUCUCUCCAACAAAGAUCGAACAGCCUUUUUCUGAUUGAUCGCCACCUUCUACCCUCCGCGCCUUUUCCUAAUUCUUGUCGAAAACCCUCUUGGAACAGAGUAUUGUUUCUUGAUUCACGCCAUUAUAUGCUGCGUCGUAGAAUUUGCACCCUUGAAAUCCCUUUUGCAACUACCCCCCACCUUAAAUCUCUCAAAAACCCAGAACGCGGAGUAGCUAAACCAACUUGAUUAGAUGGUGGAGACGUCAACGCCCACAUCGAGUCAGUCAUGCCGGUGGCGGAGGUGGUGGGCGUCGCUAUCCCCGUCCAACCACCACCACCACCAUCGCCGUUGGGUCCCGUCCGCCACUUUCUGCUCGACCCAUAAGACCCUUUUGACUGCUGUCUGUCUUGCCUUCUUCUUUACUGUGUUGUACUGGCAAGGGGACGGCACCGCCGCUGGCCUGUUGAUUUUUCGCCGGGGAUUGCCGUUGCGGCAGCUCCCGAAGCUACGACCCUUCACGUUUAACUUGACGGACUUUGGGGGGGUGGGUGAUGGGGUCACUCUCAAUACGGAGGCGUUUGAAAGGGCGGUGAUCGCGAUUUCCAGGCUCGGGAAAAAAGGUGGCGGUCAGCUCAAUGUGCCUCCGGGGAAUUGGCUUACGGCACCGUUCAAUCUCACUAGUCACAUGACUCUUUUCCUUGCUGAGGGUGCUGUUAUUCUCGGCAUUGAUGAUGAAAAGUAUUGGCCCCUCAUGCCUCCAUUGCCUUCAUAUGGAUAUGGUAGAGAGCAUCCUGGACCGAGAUAUGGAAGUUUAAUUCAUGGGCAACAUCUCAAAGAUGUUGUAAUUACAGGGCAUAAUGGGACCAUUAAUGGCCAGGGCCAAACAUGGUGGAAAAAGUAUCGACAAAAGCUUCUUAAUCAUACAAGAGGACCACUUGUGCAGAUUAUGUGGUCCAGUGACAUUUUGAUAUCUAACAUAACAUUACGUGAUUCUCCUUUUUGGACCCUUCAUCCAUACGACUGCGAGAAUGUGACACUAAAGAAUCUAACUAUCCUUGCACCUGUCUUUCAAGCGCCAAAUACUGAUGGAAUAGAUCCUGAUUCGUGUAAAGAUAUGGUGAUUGAGGACUGUUACAUAAGCGUUGGAGAUGAUGGUGUUGCGAUAAAAAGUGGUUGGGAUCAGUAUGGGAUCACUUAUGGAAAGCCGUCAAAGAACAUACUCAUCAGAAACCUCAUUGUACGCUCCAAUGUGAGUGCGGGCAUAUCAAUAGGCAGUGAAAUGUCUGGUGGUGUAUCAAACGUCACCAUAGAGAACAUUCACAUAUGGAACUCAAGGCGUGCUGUCCGCAUCAAGACAGCUGCUGGACGAGGAGGAUAUGUUCGGGACAUAACAUAUCGAAACCUGACAUUUGAUACUGUCCGUGUGGGAAUUGUCAUCAAGACAGACUACAAUGAGCAUCCAGAUGGGGGUUUCGACCCCAAGGCUUUUCCAGUACUAGAGAACAUAAGUUACACCUCAAUACACGGCGAAGCAGUUCGUGUGCCUGUCCGAAUUCAAGGGAGUGCAGAAAUCCCAGUAAGGAACGUCACAUUCCGGGACAUGUCGGUCGGAAUCACAAACAAAAAGAAGCACAUAUUCCAGUGUGCGUUUGUUCAGGGUCGUGUAAUAGGGACCAUAUUUCCCGCUCCUUGCGACAACCUUGAUCUGUACGACGAGCAGGGGAACUUGGUCAGACCAUCAACUUCCCAGAAUAGCUCGGACAUAGAUUAUGACAUUUGAAAUGGAAUGGUUGAACCAUUUGCAUUCUCCACGACCAAUUUUCCAGGGAUGUCGAAAGCAGUUGCAAAGAAGAGGGCAACAUGCGAAGGAAGAGGCAAUGACAAUUGUCGGUUGGGGAUGUUGUUUUCUAGUCUUUUUCUUGAACCCUUUGUCUUGGUGUUAUGUUCUCUCUAUCCGGGUCCUGUCCUGUAUAUACGUACACAACUAUAUUUGCAGAAUAUACAGUAUAACUUACACACA